AUGUGGAAAACGAAUUUUCUUUUCGAGGCUCUUGUUUCGUCCACCGCGGUUACGUCACUGAAAGCACCGCUCGAAAUAAACGAUUACGUCACUCUAGCCAGGGAUCCGAUGUAUAACGAGGAUGGACCACAAGGAAGAUCUCUUAAGCCGUUAUCUGAGAAGCAGCUGGAACAAACACUACCAAGGUCAAGUGAAGAACGGAACGGACGAUUGGAUGAAAUCAUACAAGAGAAACUGGACGCCUUCCUUCAGUCAAGAACUUUACAAUUAAAAUUUCCUGCAGACGUUUUCGAAGGAAGGAAGAAGAAGAAGGGUGGAGGUUAUCUGGUGGCCGCUGGAAUGGCAAUGGCUGCGAUGAUGGUUCAGAUGUUCAUGGGGAAAAUUGCACUCAUAGCCGGAAAAGCGUUGCUUGUUGCGAAAAUCGCCCUUGUCCUCUCAGCGAUAGUUGGACUGAAGAAACUCGUGGGAAGUUCAGGAGGUGGCGAUUCACAUCCACAGGUCGUGUACGCAUCAGGAGGCCAUGAUCAUGGAGGGUGGCAGGGCCGUAGCAUAUCCCCUGAUACUUCACAAGCCCAUGAUAUGGCUUACAGGUCCCAAAAACCAGAGAAUACAAACGAGGGUUGA